CUAAAGUAAGUUUUUUUUAGGGAAGUUCUCUAAAGUAAGUACCAUGAAAACCCUAAUAAAUACCCGGGCUAGAAGAGGAGUUCUUGACGAGCACGGUUCGGCCCACGCUACAGCGAGAGAGGAUCCAAAACCCCGACCGGCGAGACUUACAGAAAGGUUCCAGAAAGCCCCUCCAGAGCGUUCGCCGUUCUUCUUCCGCCCUUCGUCUGAUUGUCUCGCUCGCUCUCUGUGUCAGAUGUCUCCGAUGUCCAAUCGAAGCAGAGGCGCGAUUGCCGAGGCAGGGGCACCGCCGGCGAUGCCUCCGCCGCUCCGGACCGUGCACCUGCGCCGGUCGGAGCCGGAGUCGGGGACGGAGACGGCGGCGGCGGCGAUCACGGUGGAGGGAGGCGAAGGGGUGGACCUCGCGCGGGUGGGCCGCGCGCUGGGGCUGGACCCGGCCACCGUCCGCCUCAACGGCUACUACCUCAGCCGCGUCUACGGCGGGUACGUCUCCUUGGCGGUCAAGUGGCGCGCGCUCAUCGACUUUUUCGACGCGCGCGGCCUGCCCGCGGGCGCCCACCCCGCCGCGGCCGUCGCCGUCCAGGGCACGCCUUUGCCCCCGAGCCCAGAGCCUAGAGAUCGCCGGUCCGCAAAGCGGAAGUCCGGAUUGGAGACUGGAAAUUGCUCCAAGAGGCUCCAAGACAACAGUUCGACUCUGUCAAAAUCUGGCUUAGACCUACUCAGCGAUGAUAUCACCCUUGGAUUGAAGAGAAGACUCAGAUUAGACGAGACUACUCCAUCUAAGAAGAUUAAACAACAUGAGUGCAGCUCAGAAACACAGCAGCCAGUCAAAUUUUCUUGCAGCUUCAUCAACGGGCACAGGAAGCGACCACGGGAUGAGGAGAUAGCUACCUCACUCUCAUGCAAGAGAGUCAGGUGAUGCUGAUCUAUCUGGCAAAUCGGGACUUUAGUUUCACAAGUCAUGGUUACUUGAAACAAUUGUUAGAGCUAUGCUGAAGUAGUGAUUCACCAUUAUGGCCUUGGCCUUGUAGUUUGGUCUGGAACCUUAGUUCCAGGUUUGGAUAUAAUGCUAGCUGUAACAGUUGUUAGAUGGUGUAUUUCUUAUUUACAUAUGUGUUCCAUAUGAUGCAAAAACUGCAAAUGUACUUUGUGUGAACAUAAUAAUAAUGGUUGGUGGAUGGUGUAAA